ACACCUGCGGUAUUGCUCAUUCUUCAACCAUGUGCAUUAGAAAUUAGAAUAAUUCAUCAACUAGUAUACGAUAUUACCUACCUAGUUGUUAUUUGAAUUUUGUAUACUCUUUUUAUAUUUUAUUGUGAUUCAAAAUACCUAAAAAUUGUAGGUAGUACCUUUAAACAAAAUAUAUAAAAAUGAAACAGUUAGCAGAUGAUCAGACCAAGGUUUUUUUUGAAAAGUUAUCCAAAUAUAUUGGUUCAAAUAUAAAACUGCUAAUUGAUCGUUCAGACGGGAAGUAUUGUUUUCGCGAAAAGAAAAGUCGUGUUUAUUAUGUAUCUGAAAAAGUAUUGAAUAUGGGAUCUAUGAUGAAUCCCGAUAAUAUAAUUAGUAUAGGAACUUGUUUUGGGAAAUUUACCAAGUCUGGAAAAUUCAGACUACACAUAACUUCUUUAGAUUACCUAGCACCCUAUGCCCAACAUAAAAUGUGGAUAAAACCAGCAGCUGAACAACAGUUUUUAUAUGGUCACAACGUGUUGAAAUCUGGUUUGGGACGAAUAACAGAAAGUACAACUCAAUAUCAAGGAGUUAUUGUUUUUUCAAUGAGCGACGUUCCUUUAGGUUUCGGUGUUGCAGCCAAAAGCACUACCGAAUGUAAACACACAGAUCCAUUAUCUGUAGUGUGUUUUAAUCAAGCUGAUAUUGGAGAAUUCAUUCGAUGUGAAGAUGAUUUAAUUUAAUAGUUGCUUGACUUGUAAAAAACAAAAAAAAUAAUGAAAUGAAAAAUAGGAACUAUUAUAACUGAAUAUUUUGUACACAACAUUGUUUUAAUUUUUUGUAUGAUUUAAUUUUCAACAAAUUGGUCAUUGAGCGUGAUACACGUGAGGUACACCUAUUUAUUUGUAAUUUCAUUCUUAAAUGCGUAACACUCCGAAUCAUUUAUUUCUAAGCUGUAAUAAACUAUAAACAACGUUGAUAUAUUAAAA